GAAAACAUAAAUUCAAGAAAAAUAUUCGAAGAAAAUUGCAAAAUUGUUUGUAUAUAAUAAUUUAAAUAUAAAAAAAAUUCAAUAUGCGUGAAAUUAUAACGAUCCAAAUAGGUGCGAGUGGAAAUUCCAUUGGAGAUGCUUUCUGGCAUGUAAUUUCUCAUGAACAUGGCGUAGACUAUUCAUCUGGACGCUUUCAAGGCACUAGUGCAUUGCAAUUAGAACGUAUUAACGUAUUCUUUAACGCCACUGCAAGCAAGCGUUUUUACGCUCGUGCUAUAUGCAUAGAUACCGAAGCAACCACAAUAGAAAAUCUCCAUAAGCGCUCUUCACUGUAUAGACCAGAAAAUUUUGUCGCUGGCACUGAUAGCGCCGGUAAUAAUUUCGCUCGUGGCUAUCACACAGACGGUGCAGAAAUUCUUGAUGCCGUUUUGAAUGCCAUACGGCGUGAAGCAGAGUCGGUGGACUCGUUACAAGGUUUCCAAAUUCUACACUCUAUUGGCGGCGGUACUGGUUCCGGUUUGACAGCACUCGUCAUGAAUGCACUUAUCGAUGAAUACCCGGACAAUCUAAUCUCAAACUAUGUUUCGAUACCAUCUCCGCAAAUGUCUCAAGUAGUUGUGGAGCCCUACAAUGCUCUACUUAGCAUGCCUUCACUAAUACACAAUUCACAUUUAACAUUUUGCCUCGACAAUGAGGCGCUUUUCCAAAUAGUUUCUCGCAAUUUGAAAAUGGCCGUAAGCGGUUAUGAACAUAUUAACCAUAUUGUAGCCUUGACUAUGUCUGGCAUAACCACUUGUUUACGUUUCCCCGGUCAACUUAAUGCCGGUUUGCGCAAACUAUAUGUGAACAUGAUACCGUUUCCACAGUUACACUUUCUUAUACCGGGAUUUGCGCCAUUAAUUAGUUGCAAGCAAAAAGAGUUCUCCCAAGGCACUGUAGGAGAAUUGGUUCAACAAAUUUUCUCAUCCAAUAAUUUAUUAUGUGCUGUUGAUUUGCGUCAUGGUAAACUUUUAACAGCAGCUGGUAUUUUUCGUGGUCGCAUGUCUCCCCGCGAGGUUGAUCAAUUAAUGACAAAUGUACGAAAUAAAAACUUAAGUAGCUUUGUCGAAUGGAUACCAAAUAAUAUCAAGACAGCUAUAUGCGACAUUCCACCACGAGGUUUAAAAAUGUCUGCAACUUUCAUUGGAAACACCUCAGCGAUUCACAAGCUAUUGCAACGUAUUUUGGACGGCAGCAGUAUUAUGUUGCGGCGCAAAGCUCAUUUGCAUUGGUACACAGGUGAAGGCAUGGAAGAACAAGAGUUUAUAGAUGCGCAGAAGGAUCUUCAGGAUACACUAGAUUUGUACAAGAGAAGUGGAGAAGACGAUUCUGAAAAAAUGAAUCCCGAAGGCACAACAUGUCCAGGUUGUAAUGAAGGCAACGAUCAGAAGUAAUAAAUUGGAUUGUUGAAAGAAAUAUACAAUCUUGAUACUUUUAUUACUGGAAAUACAAAUAUGCAUACAUCGCACAUGUAGCCAGGAAUCAAAAAUAUAUACAUUUAUUUAGUCAUAUUA